AUGUGGCUGUCUCCUGCUCUGCUCCUUCUCAUCCUCCUAGGCUGCUCCAGUGUUGCAAGUGCUAUCAGUGGUCCAGAAGUGGUGAGUGGCCCGGAGUGGGGAUCAUUGACUGUGCAGUGUCGUUAUGAUUCUGGAUGGGAAACCUACAGGAAGUGGUGGUGUCGAGGGGCUUAUUGGGGCAGCUGUAAUAUCAUUAUUGUGACCAGUGGAUCAGAGAAUGAAGUGAAGACAGACCAUCUGUCCAUCAGGGACAGUCACAAAGAUCUCAUGUUCACCGUGACCAUGGAAGACCUCAGGAAAGAUGAUGCUGACACUUACUGGUGUGGGAUUGAGAGAAGUGGAUCUGACCUUGGGGUCCAAGUGAAGGUGAUCAUCACCCCAGGGUACUCGACUGCCAGAAAUCCAGUCACCAUUCCAGAAACAACAAGUGGCCCAGAACUGGACUCACUGACCAUGCAGUGUAGUUAUGACCAAGAGUGGGAAACCUAUAGGAAGAGGUGGUGCCAAGGGGCUGAUAUGGACAGAUGCAGGAUCCUUGUGACCACUGGAUCUCAGCAGCAGGUGCAAGAAUACCGUGUGCCCACUGCGGUCAGUCAGAACAACCACACAUUCAACAUGACCAUGAUUGAGCCCAAGAGAGACUACACUGACACUUGCUGGUGUCAGCUCAAGAUAAAUGGAAUUGAGUGUGGAGUCAAAGUGAAGGUGGACCUUGACCCAAGGGAGCCCACUCUGCCCUGGUCCCUGACGUCCCACUCGAGUGUACGAACUGUCCCUCAGUGGUCCCUGGGGCAGAGGAUAUUGAGUUCUGAGGUUUUGCUAUGCUUUGCUGUGCUUGCCAUGGUUUGAAUAUUUGUCCCCUCUAAAACUCCCGUUGAAACAUAAUCCCUAAUGUGGCAAGAAUGAGAGGAGGGGCCUUUAAGAGGUGACUAUGUCAGGAGGGCUCUGCCCUUGGGAAUGGAGUGAUCCAUUCAGGGUUAAUUGACGGGUGGGUGUCAUGGGACAGGACUGGGGGCGUGAGAAGAGAACGUGAGACCUGAGAUGCCACACCCAGCCCCUUUGACAUGUGAUUCCCUGCAGAGAGUCCCGGCCGCAAGAAGGCUGUCACCAGGUGGGUCCCCGCCAGCUUGGACUUCUCAGCCUCUGCAACUGUA